AUGGGUAUGGUCAAAAGAACAAUUACCAAGGACCCAAGGACUUUCCCUGGACAACAAAUGAAUAUCCCACCAGGCUUUCCCCACCAACCACCCCAGCCUGCACCUUCACAAGAGAAUGAGCUCAAGGCAAUGCUAAAGCAACUACUUCAAGGGCAAGCUGAUGGGGUAGUGGACACAAGCAAGAAGCUAGCUGAAAUAAACUCCAAGAUCGAGAAUCUCAACACAAGGGUUUACUCUCUGGAGAAUCAUGCUUCUUCUGUUGCUGCUGCUACAAAGCAAGGACAACUACCUGGUAAAGCUAUUCAGAACCCCAAGGAACAGUGCAAGGUCAUCUUCACUCAAGAAGGACUUGUUGAAGAAGAGGAUCAAGAAAGGGUCAUUGAAGAUUUUUGUUUACUGCUGAAUGAUGAUGAGAUUGUUGCUGCUGAGGCUCCUGGAGUCCAGAUUGAUCAACCAGAAGUGCAGGCACCUACUGUGGCCAUUCACACUUCACCAGUUGAGCUCGCACAACAAGCUCGAUCGGCAGCUCGAUCGAGUCAACUCUAG